UGAGCACUUCGCCCGCUUGCUCGGACCUGUGCUCCCGGAGAUGUCGCUGGAUGUCGCGGAUCCAAGCCACCCGCUUGACGUACGGGCUGCGGUCGCGUUUGCGCAGCAUCGCCGGCAGCUUGUCGGAUUUGAGCAUCAAGGAGAAUGCGGCCGACAUAACGACGAGGAUCACGUUUCUUGUUGCAGAGGACCCUGACGCAAGUCAAGCGUUUCCAAAGGCACCAAAAUGGUGCAGGUGAGGAUCGUGCUGGCGGCAACGCUGCUAGUGAUGGUGACGGUGGCCAUAUUUGUGGGCGUCUACUUCGGCGUGGAUAGGAAUACGCAGCCGAGCAACCACGUGUACUUGAAGGCAGCCGUGGCGGCUGACGCUGGGCCGUGUUCAGUGAUUGGCAGAGACAUAUUGAAGAAAGGAGGCUCGGCAGUAGACGCCUGCAUCGCCGCCUUGCUCUGUGUCGGCCUGAUGAACGCUCACAGUAUGGGCAUCGGGGGAGGACUUUUCAUCACCAUCUACAACGCAAAAAAUGACACGGUGGAAACUAUCGACGCUCGGGAGACGGCGCCUCGCAACGCAACGGAGAAUAUGUUUGGUAACAGCACAGAUUUGUCCCAGAAAGGAGGUUUAUCCAUCGCUGUACCGGGAGAGAUUCGAGGUUAUGAGCUGGCUCACAAGCGUCAUGGCAAACUUCCUUGGAAGGAUUUGUUCCAGCCAAGCAUUGAUCUGGCAGAGAAAGGAUUUCCUUUGGGCCGGGCGCUGGCCAAAGCUCUGGCCCGACAUAAUAAAACCGUCAUCAAAGACGUAGCCUUGUGUGAGGUUUUCUGCCGUAACGGCGGCGGCGACGUCUUGAAAGAAAACGAUACCAUUAAGUUUCCCAAGCUUGCAAACACUUACAGGAAAAUAGCACAAGAGGGCGCUGACGCCUUCUACCGUGGAGAACUUGCACACAAUCUGGUGACAGAUAUCCAGGCUGCAGGCGGAAUCAUCACAAUGGAGGAUCUGAGGGAUUAUGUGCCAGUCUUGGAUAUGGAGCCUUUGAGCGUGAUGGUGGGGGAGUACACCAUGGCUGUUCCCAACGCCCCCGCCAGCGGCCCUGUGCUCUCGCUGAUAUUAAACAUCUUGAAUGGGUACAACUUGACAUCUGACAGCGUGGCGAGCACCGAGAAGAAGAUCUUGACGUACCAUCGUAUCACGGAGGCAUUUCGUUUCGCCUACGCAAAGAGGACCUUGCUCGGAGAUCGUGCUUUCCUCAACAUCACCUCCCUCAUCGAGAACAUCACCUCUCAGUCCUACACCGACGAGCUCCGUGGAAAGAUCACUGACUGGACGACUCAUAACAUCAGCUACUAUGAACCAGAGUUUUAUCUCCCCGACGACCACGGAACCACGCACAUUUCGGUGGUUGCGGAGGACGGCAGCGCCGUGGCGGCCACGAGUACCAUUAACCAAUAUUUGGGCUCCAAAUUCUUGUCAAGGUCAACGGGGAUCCUUCUCAACAACGAGAUGGAUGACUUCAGCUCUCCGUUAAUCACAAACGGUUUCGGGGUGCCUCCGUCACCGAAUAACUUCAUCCGGCCAGGGAAGAGGCCAAUGUCUUCCAUGUGUCCAACCAUCAUCUUUGACAAAGAACGCCGAGUGAAGAUGGUGGUAGGCGGCUCGGGUGGUACCAAGAUCACUACCUCCAUUGCUCAGGUAAUCCUGAAGGCACUGUUCUUUGACUACGACUUGAAGAAAGCCGUGACCGAACCGAGGCUCCACAACCAACUGAGUCCUAACGCCACUGUGGCCGAGCCAGACUUUGACAAAAAUAUCUUAGAGGGUCUGGCAAAGAAGAACCACGAGAUCGAAAUCCUUAAAUCCACCGGAGCCGUGGUGCAAGCCAUUGUCCGCUACAAGGAUGGACUCCACGCUCAGUCGGAUCCUCGUAAGUGGGCGUACGCCGCGGGCUACUGAGCUCACCUGCAAAACGCCACACCACUCCGAUUGGCCAUUAACUUUAGAGACUCUCUGAACUUCUUGUCCUUUGCACCAAACGCUCUCCCGAUAAUUUUUUUUGUAGAUAAGUGCACCAACGAAAUGUAACUAGCUCCCGGUGUCACCUGCAUUGACCUCAUUGUCCUCUCGAAUUUUAAGAGGAGCCACUGUGAAUGUUUAGAGCUCAGCCUCUCUGUGACCUUUUUGGCCGAUCAUAAAAGUGUACAAUUCCUUACUCUUUUUGUAAAUCAUUAACACAGUCAAGUUCAGUACUGUCCAAGAUGCCAUUAUGUAGCCACAAGGGCAACUGCUCUUUAUUGGACUGACGUUUCUUCGGAAGCUUCCAAUACUUAUCGCAAUAUGGCAUCUUCUAUGCUAGAAGAAUGUGGAACUGUAUUACAAGACAAUGAGUUGUUUUUCUCUUUUGAACUCUUCAUUUUAUUAGAAAUUGUGUCUUAUUUCUUUAGGAUGUUUUAUAAUGUCUCUCUUUGGUUUAAAAUUCUUUCAAAUGUUGGCUGCGCACGUUGAGUUACCUCGUGUAUGAAAUUGAAUAUAAGUACAGAUAAAUAGCAGUAAUCAUACUGACACUUGACUGUUUUUAGCUGACCAUGUGUGGUGGUUAUCAUUUUAAAAAAGUAUUUUGAAAAUAGGUCUGUUGAUAUAUCUGAUUUGCCAUGGGGAGUUGAAAACAUUCCGAGUGAGAUUCUCCAAUCCGUUAAUACUAAAAUAAGCAAUUGAUGGUUCAUUUUCUCCAUUGUUGAUCAAGGUAACCUUUUAUUGCGAGCCUCACUUUCCACUUGGUGAGAUAAUAAAGCCCUAAAUUGAG